AUGUUUGAUAAAAAUCCGUCCAGUCCCCCUCAAAUGCGUGCAAAUUACGAUAAGCCCCAACGUUUGGAUGAGGUUAGGGUCAAGCUGGGACGUCUUUCCGCUUGGCUGUCAGGGCACCCCAGGCGAGCAGGUAUCGCCCCGAGUCUGAAUGCCAAACAUCGCCCUAUCACAGAAAAAUGGGGGCGUUUAACGCCCAGAGCGCCCAGUCACCAAAAGCGAGUAUAUCUUUUGUCCACUUCAUGA